GCCGGUGCAGUUGAUUGAUUGAUUGAUAGAGAGGGAAAGAGUGAGGAGAGAGCGAAGAAGAGAGAGAGUGUGAGGAGAAGAGAGAGAAAGAUUUCCGAUCGUGAGGUCUCUGAAAUCUCUCGUUCACCUUUCACUGCAAAGUAAGGGAACAGGAAAGAAGAAAGGAAGCAAGGAGAAGACUGCCAUUGAAAUUCUACCUUUUUUUCGAAGUAAGGGAGAGAGCUUUCCCUCUCCUUCCUUUGAAUCUCUCCAUCUAAAUUCUGAAGUCCCAGUCUUGCACAUGCAGAUGUUGAGGAAAUAAUGCAGCUCUACCACCACCCUUACUCUCUGGACAGUCAAAAAGUGCGGCUGGCAUUGGAGGAGAGAGGCAUAGACUACACUUCGUAUCAGGUUAAUCCUCUCAAAGCCAGAAAUAUGGAUGCCACAUUUUUCCGCUUGAACCCAUCAGCAAAACUUCCAGUUUUCAGGAAUGGUGAAUGUGUCAUCUAUGAAACCCUCGAGAUAAUCCGGUACAUCGAGAGGAUUGUGGAGUCCACUCAAGGCUUCUGUGAGGACUCGAAUCAAGAAAAAGUUGAGGAAUGGAUGAAAAAAAUACAAGCUUGGAGUGCCAAAACAUUCACCCUGGCCCACAUCCCUGACAAACACAGGCUAUUUGUGUCAAGGUUCACGCGAAGGGUGGUAAUUGCGCGAAUGGCCGAAUCUCCUGAUCUCGCGAGCCUCUACCACAUGAAGCUUCGUGAGGCUUACGAGACUGAGGAGAAGCUCAAGGAUGCUGCUCUUGUGAGAAGGAGCGAGGAGCAGCUUGACCAUCUUCUCGAUGAGGUUGAGAGGCAGCUGAGAGAGACACAUUUUCUUUGUGGGGAUGCGUUCUCGAUGGCUGAUGCUAUGUUUGUUCCUGUGCUUGCACGCAUAGAGCUCUUGGGCCUUGGAGAAAAGUAUAUCAGUUGCAGGCCCGGGAUUGAGGAGUACUGGAAGGUAGUCAAGUCGAGGCAUAGUUAUAGGGUGGUAAUUGGUAAGUUCUUCUCAGGGUGGAGGAAGUAUAAAACCCUGUUCAGUACCUUCAGCAUUGUGUUCAUAAGGAAUGUGCUGAAAAGGUAUUGAUUUGGAUUCGGCCCGAAUGCAAUCCGUAUUCAAGCAUAAUGUUUGAAUGGUUGUUGAAUGUGGAGAGCAGUGAGAUGCUGUGCAAAAGAGUGUACAGUGAGGCUCUCGUGGGAAGAUGCUGCCCAUGUCCGAUGUAAUAAUGUAGUAUGAGAUUGUGACUGUAAACUAAAUAAACGUUGAAUGCAUUCUUUCUAGGAAGGCAGUGUUUUGAAGUGGA